UCGGGCGACUUUAACGCGGCCGAUCCCGUCCCGGUAUUACACACCGGCGCCGCCGGUCUCCAAAGAGCCGAAAGAAAGGGAAAGUCCGCUGUAGACCGGCCGCGAACUUUAGCGCUCUCAGUCCACAGAAAGCGAGCGUGCGCCCGCUCGCGUCGCGUCGCGCGAGCUAUCUCGAAGUCUCCCGCGCGAGCGAAAAGAAAAGAAGUAGCGGCGUAUAGUUUAAAGUCGUAAAAAAAAAUCGCGAAAAAAUAAACGGAGUGCGUGCGUGCGUGCGUACAUAUGCCAACUCGCGAGCUUCCGUACUGGCGGCAUCCCAUCGGCGUAUGUCCGCUCAUCGCGGAUGUAUCUCGGUGCACGCACCGCGAGAGGAUAAGAGCGCAUCGUGGUCUUGCCUGAUGCGAUGCGGUCUGCCGCGAAUGCCGUGACGCGCAGCUUGGAAGCUAUCGAGAUAGCGGCAGCGCAUCCCUCGGAAUGUACCGACGAUGAAAGACCGAGCAUGAUCGGGGAGUGUUUUACCUUCGUAAAACCGGAUAGCUCGGAACACUCACGAGUACCUCGCUCCCACUCGUGUUUUUAUACUCGUGUACACGACCUCUUGACCGUCGGAGGAUCAUAAUGCUAGAGCCGGUUCUGGGAACGUUGUCGAUCUGGUGGCUGGUGGUGUACGCCAACAUUUUGCUGUUGCUGUCGCCGUUGGUGUUACUGAUGAUCGUCUUCCUCCCGAAUUUCCCGAUCUUGCUGCUGCGGCGAAUCUGUUACAUACCGAUCGAAUCGAUCUGACCAAAAUUAAAUCGUCGAUCGUUUUAUCGGUCGGCGAUUUAUCGAAUUUGUCACGUCAGGCUGCGUUCGGAAACGUCAUUCGAGUGUCCCCGUGUAAUCAUUUCAUCUUUCUCAUUAAAUGUUGAUGCACUAAAAUGAUACACGGCGGAAGGCACUCGGGUGACAUUUCCGAACACAGUCUUGAGGUGUAUGUGUGUGUGAUGUGGCUGUUGUUACGUUAUCUUUGUCGCGACGCGUAGUCGAAACAAUUUAUAACGUAGCGCGUAUAUAUUAAGUAGUAACGUUGCGCGCAACUCGAGAAUAAUCAAAAUUAAUGCGCGAGCAAUCGCGAAUUCUGGCGCGCGAUUUUGAAUUUCGAUUAAGGUUUCCAUGCAGUUGCUCACGUAGUUUUAAGUAUUUAUUAGCUUUAUAUUGUUACGAUUCGUAACAGCGUAAAUGCGUUUAUAUUCCCGUUAUUACGAUGCUGUGUGGAGUAUGGAACUGAGCCGAGAGCUCGGUUUUGUUAUCACAGUCAUCGGAUAUAUUGACAUAGGCGUGCACCAACACACACGGACCAGCGAUCAAACGCGCGCGUUCGUCAAACAAAGAAUAAUGCGAGGCGUCACGAUUAUACGAGGGACUCGCGAUGCUUGCGCGCUUCCACGUGUAUAUAUGCUGAUAUUCCAGCGUGUUGGCUUACCAAGUUAUGUACGAUGAAUUCCAACGAGACGCUCUUCUUGCUCUGUGUGUCUUGCGUGAGAGCGGCCGAUAUACAUAUGCGCGUACAUGGAAUUUUGAAUGUGCGGCACGAUUUACAUAAAAAUCCUUUCCCAAGCGUUCACAUCAGCGUUUCGUAGUUCGUAUUUCGCUUACUUGCAUGUUAGUAACUACAACGGUAAAACGCGUAACGGGACGCGUUCAUCACAUGAGAGACAUCAAGAAUUGUGGAUUUUUUUUUAUUUCGAAUACGUAUCUGCUCGAAAAUCAGUUUCCUACGACAAGCUAAAUUUCAUCAAGUACAAUUUAUUAGUAAUGAUCGCGUUUGGAUAAUUAUUGUAAACAGCAUUGUACAAAGUUACGGUAGCAAUAAUAACAUUUCGUAAUAAAUUGGCAUCAUGCGCUGUGCAAAAAGAGACACGAUUAGUGUGGGCUUUUUAAACACUAAUAUAUAUCUUCUGUCGCAUACAUUUCCGUAUGUGUUGCUUUCAAGGACAAGUGCAUACAGCAACUGUCAUAAAAAAUCCGUAAUUAGAAGGCGAAUUGAGAGCCGGCAAGGUGAACUACUUUGUGCGAUGGACGAAAUCGAUACAUUAUUAUCGAGUUAUUUAUGAACUUGGAACGGCGCUGGGAAGAAUGAUUAGUAACGUGCCACUUUGUUUUCUGAUUGCAUACCUCGCGAAAAUAAAACUCAGUAUUUGUUACUCUAUAUUAGAAAUGAUUGACAAUGGUCCAUGUACAUAUUGAGAUAUAGAGUAUAGAGAGUUCUUACUUUUUUUUAUAUACUUUUCGUUCUUCGCAUAAACUUGAUCCGCGUAAAUAUUGUAGCGUACCAGAGAUAUAUAUAAUAUAUAAUAGUGGUAACAGUGAAGCUUGACAAUUUUAUAUAAUUAAAAUAUAAAUAUUACAUAAUAAAUUAAAAUUCUGUCUCAUCUUUUCUCCAUAAUUCAGUGUAGCGGAAGAAUCCGGAUUUUAUGUAAGAAUGGCGUGUCUGUUACUCGGACAUUAAAUUAUCCGGGCGUGUACGCGAAUUUAAAAAAUGACUUCCCUGAAGACGUGCGUGUCGUCCCAGGAAUCGUUUCGCUCGUACGCUGCACUCGAUCGCACCGGCGAAGGAGACAUAUCGCAAACGGCUGUCCUUCUACAGUUCUACCGGUGAUAUAGGCUGGUCCGAAGUUGGACAUUAUAGUAGCGAUCGGAGAGUACUUUCGCCGAGAGUCGACCGUAGUGGGGGAGGCGGGACGUGAACCCUGGAACCCCAUGGGCCAUAUAUACUACGGGCCCAUGCAGCGCUCUUGCUACUUGUGGUGUCAGCUUCUCGCGGAUUCCCCGCCGUACAGGAAACGCGCAGGAGACAGAGGAUUGAUAAGCGCGACGCGAAGAUGAAGCUGCUAAUCUUGUGCGUGUUCACUACCGUCGCGUUUGCCGCGCCGGGUCUGCUCAAGGUACCAAAGGUGUACAAUGCCGUGAUCACGAGCAAUCAGAAUCUGUCGCCGUCGCGAGCGUUCCCUGUGAUACAACCGAUCAUCCAUCGAACCGCCGUCGGCUACGUGCCGCCGUUCUAUUACACGCAGAUAGCGCCUCACUUUGCCGGGCCGGAAGUGGUGCAUUAUCCGCUGCUCGCCCCCGCUGGUAAAGCGACCGGGAACGAUCAAGCGCACGCCUCCUCCUCGACGUCUCAUCUAGCCGAGUCGACGAGCUUCGGUGUCGCGAAGGAGCGCGAAGGCGCGACCACCGCCGACCAUCGUGCGAAGGAGAACGGUCCAAAGAACGACGGUACGAGAACGAACUCCGCGAAGAAGAACGAGCAGGUGCCGUUGAGCUUCUACCCGAACUAUCAUUCCCUCUUCUACGAACCGUACAUCUACACGUACAAUGGCUUCAAUCCACAUCUCGUGCCCGGCACUUACUAUGUCGACUACCAACCUUACGAGUCCCUGGAACCGAUCCCGGCCACCACGCCGAGGAACGCCGAUUCCGGUCACCUUUUACCGAGCUUCCACGACGAGAAGAGAACCCGCACGAAGAGCGACAGAGAAAAAAUACCGGAUGUACCGCCGCCACCUCUUCCGACUUCUAUACCGAAGAGCUCUUAAGAACCUUGCAGGGUGGAAGUAUUUCAAACUGAAUCGUGAUAAAUAGGACGAAGAAGGAAGCUUCACGAUUUUUUUUUAUGAACGUUGCAAGCGCGGAUAUAGGUAUGUCGCAUCGAUAAAACAUGUAAAAAUUGGUUGUUUCCUUCUCCUAUUUCUUUAAUUCUUUUUUUUUUUUUUUUUUUUUUUUAAGAAGGUAAAGACCUUCGUUGUUACACAUGUUGAAGAAUAAUCAAUGCUCGUUGGAGCGUUGGCGCAGCUGUGCAAUCAAUUGGCAUUUAGUACAUUGGUCACGCUACAAUAUUGAACUUUGACUGCAAUAGCUUGAAUAUACAUAUGAUCUCCAAUCUACAUGACGAUGCAGAUGUUCGACAAAGUUGAAGAGUUCUAUUUAUAUUAAUGCUACUUUCUAUACUAAUUUGAACCAAAAAAACAAGAUUAUUUUUAUUAAUUUGUGCAGAUAUCUUUCAUGGAGAGAAUUUUGAAGUUUUCGUGAUUUAUUUUAUGUGUUAGUUUUGUACCUCUUGAGAUUACUUGCUUAAUACAAAGUAAGACUAUAAACAAAAACAGUGCCACAAAACAUAUCGAUAUAUUUAUAAAAACUCAAUUUUUUAUUAAAAACUUUUUAUACGUG